AUGAAGCGUUCCAGGCAUAGAUGGGUUGGAUUAAGCAUAUUUUGUAUAACAAUUAUUCUCUUGUCCCUCGAGAUCCCAACCACAUCAGCAGUAAAGGCCACAUCACUAAUCUUUGCCAAAACUUCAACCACCACGACCCAAGCUCCAGUUGAGGAAACAAGCGCCCCCGAAGACGAAGAAAAGACGGAAGUAACAGCAGAAGAGGGAGAAGCGCCUCCCUCAAAUGACACAAGGAAGUUCACUGGGCUUCCUCAACAUGACUACAUUUACGACCCCAAUCUGCCCAGAGAACUAAAUGGGUACAAUCUGUCGGAAUAUCCGUUCUAUGCGACAGUCCCAAAGCCAGAGACAAUUGACUUCAAGUGUGAUGGGCUUCACGAUGGGUUCUACGCAUCUGUACUGCAUAAGUGUCAGUUAUACCACCACUGCCUGUUCGGUACCCGGUACGACUUCCUCUGCGCCAAUUACACAGCUUUUGACCAGAAGACUUUCAUCUGCCAAUUCGUGUCCGAAGUGGAUUGCAAGAACUCACACAACUAUUUUCACAGGAAUGAAGCUCUCUACAAAGCUACCACUGCAGCACCGCCACCACCCCCACCCACGACCACAACCACGACUACGACCACAACUCCUCGCCCGAGCAGACCACCUCGGAGGCGACCAGCAUACCGAUACGACUAUGAUGAUGAUGACUAUUACUACGCCAGGGAUGAUUACGACUACGAAGAUAGAAGGAGACCACGACCUCGUCCUGGUGGUAGACCAGGGAAGAAGCGACCAGCUGAUGAUUAUCAAGACGAUCGGUACGAGCGACGUCAAAGACCUAGAGACGAGGAACUAGAAGAUGAUUACGAAGAUCGUAGACCAUCUGGCAGGAGACCGGCUAAAAGACCACAAUACCCAGAAAGAAGGCCUUAUGAAGAUGAUGACGUAGAUAAUAGACCAGGAUAUAGGAGGAGAGCUCGACCAAGAGAUGAUGAAGAAGACAGGUAUGAAGUAGAUAGGCCUCGAGGUGGCCAGAGGGACCAGAAGGAAAGACCAAAGAGGCCAAGGGAAGAGUACAGACCUCGUGAUGAACUUAGGCCACGUGACGAAGUGAGGUCCAGGGAUGAAAUUAGACCAAGGGAUGAGAUUAAACCUAGAGACGAAGUUCGUCCCAGAGACGAAAUUCGCCCUAGAGAUGAGAUUCGCCCUAGAGAUGAAAUUAGACCCAGAGAUGAAAUUCGCCCUAGAGACGAAAUUCGCCCACGGGACGAAAUUCGUCCACGUGAUGAAAUUAGGCCCCGGGAUGAAAUAAAGCCAAGAGACGAAAUUCGUCCAAGAGACGAAAUCAGAUCUAGAGAUGAAGGAAGACCUAAAGAUCUUGGUACGGAUGACGAACACUCGCGAGAUGAGUUCAGAUCACGUGAUGAGGUUAAAUCUAGAGAUGAAGUUAACCGAGACAGACCAAGACCAUCUAGACCAAGAGAGGAUAGAUACUCAGAGGGUAGGAGAUAUAAAGAUGACAGACCAUCCAGGAGUAAGGACGAAAGACCAUAUAAAGUAAACACGUAUGCUGAGGAAAAAGAAGAAAAGCUAGAACUACCAACAGCACCUGAACAGCCCGCUGGUCUCGUAAAACCUGCAGGGCACGGCCUUUUUAGUAAGCCUCGUAUGCCACCAAAGAUUAAAAGACCAGUCCCGAUCAGUGAAAGGGAGAAAUUUGAAUAUGUGACUAUCACAACAACACCACCACCUCCAAAACUCUAUGACGAUGAUGAGUAUUACGAUUAUGAAGAAGAUGAUUCUAGUAAACCUGCCUCAUCUGGUAAAACCAGUUCUAUACAGCAAAGGCCGAAACCAGAGCCUGUUGAAAAGGACAAGUUUAAACCUACCAGACCUCAUUAUACAAGUAAGAGGAAAACUAAAAGACCGAUAGAUUAUGAUGAGGAAUUUUACGAUGAACCAGCGCCAAAAUCCCAAAAGUACACUUUUAAUGAUAGACAAAAAGUUGAAAGAAAUAAAAAGCCUUCAGAAUAUGAAUAUUACGAUUAUGAAGAGUCUAGAAAAGAGAUUGAACGAGGAGUAACAAAAGUAGAGGAUGUCACAAGUAAAAUGAAGGAUCUCAAACCUAAUGUCAAAGUUCUUAAGCGUCCUUUUUUACCGUCUAGGGCAACAAGACCUACAACAACUGAAGAACCUUUAACAACAAUAGAAGCAAAAGCCAAACACCUGGCUUCAAAAGUUUAUAGAGUAUAUAACAAUCAGUAUGAGGCUAUUCGAGAUAAAUUACAAUCCACAUUAUCCCCUGGCGAUUACGUUAAGCCUUAUCUAGCAACAGCAAUACCUAUAGCAACAGAAAUACCAUAUAAAACAGAGAGUAAAACAAAAAUCAAACCUAAGCCCGAUAUAUCAAACCCCUAUACAGCAACAGGAAAACCUUUGAUCCCAGAGAAUAUUUCAAUAAAACAGAAUUUAGCAGAUAGCAUAGAAAAUGAUUAUGAUGUACGUUUUAAUGAAGCUUUAAAUCCCAGUGUGCCUGUCAGCCGAGUCCCAUCUGGUUUCAUCAUCCCAUCAGAUAGAGAUUAUUCGUUUUCUAGGUUCAGAAGUCAUUUACAAUCAGACCCACAGUUUUCAGCAUCAGAUAUUUCGAGUUUUCAAGUUAGAAAACGUCCUCGCGUGUCUAGUGUAACUAUAAAAACGCCUUCAUCUUAUUUUUUACAUCCCGAGAGGUUAGUUUAUCAAGAUGACAGCAUCCAGAGGCAUCCUAGACAGUUGUUUUAUAGGCCUGGUGUAGAUUUUUAUUAA